GGCGCUUCGGCUUUUGUAAUUGAACGAAUACCGGUUUACAGUUUACUCGAACUCGAACGCUCUUAGUGGCAUUUCACAAAGAGUACGGAAUGCGUCUGGUGUAAUAUUCGCUGUUGCCGUACGACUUUUUUUCAGUGAUAACUGGGUUCGAUUCGGAUUUAGUGAUGCGCGUUAAUUGACAACAGCACGAAAUCUACUUACUUUCACGAAUAAAAAGUGCAACUUUAACUAAUCCACAAUGUCUGUGUUCGGUAUGGUAUCGUCGGUAGCGGGCUUCAUAAAAGUCCGCUACCUUGUGGAUAAAGCCCUAAUAGAUAAUAUGGUAUUUAGAGCGCAUUACAGAGUCACGUCUGCCAUUUUGUUCCUAUGUUGCAUUAUUGUUACGGCGAAUAAUCUAAUAGGUGAUCCUAUUCAAUGCAUAAACGACAGAGGAGUUCCAGGUCACGUUAUAAAUACUUAUUGUUGGAUAACGUAUACGUUUACGUUACCCCACGAGCAAGGAAAACGCGUCGGUACCGAAGUCGCCCAUCCAGGACUAGGAAAUGAAAACCAAGAAAAGACUUACCACAGUUAUUAUCAGUGGGUGCCCUUCGUCCUGUUUUUCCAGGGCGUCAUGUUUUACGUGCCACAUUGGAUAUGGAAGAAUUGGGAAAACGGCAAAAUACGCAUGAUAACGGAAGGAAUGCGAGGUUCCAUGGUCGGAGUGGGCGAGAAACAGGAGAGAGAACAUAGACAAUACAGACUGGUGCAAUAUCUAAUGGAAACAUUGCACAUGCACACAUCCUACGCCUUCGGUUACUUCUUUUGCGAAGCUCUUAAUUUCGUUAAUGUGAUGGUGAAUAUAUUCAUGACGGACAAGUUCCUGGGCGGCGCGUUCCUCACCUACGGCACCGACGUCGUCGCCUUCUCCAACAUGAACCAGGAGAACCGCACCGAUCCGAUGGUGCAGGUGUUCCCGCGCGUGACCAAGUGCACGUUCCACAAGUUCGGUCCAUCUGGCACCAUACAAACGCACGACGCGCUCUGCAUCCUCGCACUGAACAUCCUCAACGAGAAGAUCUACAUCUUCCUGUGGUUCUGGUUCAUCAUUCUGGCGGUACUCAGCGGCCUGGCUAUAGUCUAUUCGGCCGCGGUGGUGCUGUUGCCCAGCACCAGGGAGACCAUCCUGAAGAGGAGGUUCAGAUUCGGGGUGCCCAAUGCGGUGGAGACGAUCAUUAGAAAGACGCAGGUGGGCGAUUUUUUGCUGAUCCAUUUGCUGGGCCAAAAUACGAACCAGCUGGUAUUCAGCGAAAUAUUGGACGAAUUCGUGAGGCGAUUGAAUUUCGGUAAUAGCAAUAGUAAUUUACCGUCGGCUCCGAGCACGCUGGAGAUCAGCCCGAUUUAUCCGGAAAUCGAGAAAUUUAAGGAAACUGACGCUUGAUUUUCGAUUGCAUUUUCAGUAUAAUUUGUAGCUUUUUUUACAACGAUAUCGCGAGAACUGUUCGCAUUUAUCUCGUAGACUCGAUUAAUUAUAUUUUUUGUAAGUUAUUUUAUUAUUUACAACGCCAUAUGCAUAGGUUAUAGAUAGAUCUCCUAUAUUUUUUAAACAAAAUUUUGAUGCAUUUGGGCCGUAGCAGCACGAAUGGAAACUGCCUAAUAUUGUAAGGCCUUUAUUUUAGGGACCAAUUUUUAUUAAGUAUUUUUAAGGUUUAUAUACUUUUGUAAUAAUUAUAAAGAUACUGAAAUUUAAAACGUUUUUAUAUCUACAAACUUACCUAUUUCCCCAGUCUAUUUUCU